ACAAAUUUUAGCGCAAGACUCAAGGAAGCUUUAAUCUGCCCCCUAAAUAAGGCUCAGGUUUGACGACGGCUUCCAUCUGCGGACAUAACGGAACUUCUUUCGAAAAGUAUAUAGGGGCAAUGUUCCUCGAGUGUCAAUAUGAAAAUGAAAGCAACGAAGCGGGGUAGAAGCCAAAACGCUGCUUCAGAUGAAGGAAUAAUAUCGAAGGGUCUACCAGCAAAAAAAAUGAUCAGCCCGCAAUAUCUAAGGGAAGUUCAUACUCGCGAAGGCUUGUAGAGGGCAAAAUAAACGCAAGACAGACGAUCCGCUGGAAAUAAUUUGCCGAAAUAUUUGAUAGCUAUUGAAAUUUGGCGGGAAGUUUCAAAGAAAAAUGUGCCCAUUUAGUCAAGAAUGAACGGAAGUAAUUAUAUAAGUGCAUAGCUACAGUCACUCCUAGCUGGAAAAGCUUUGUACUGCUUACUUUCAAUGGACAACUUAGCCGUUGUGGAUAUUCCGUUUCAUGCACAAGAUCCCUUACUGAGGUCACUUCCUUCGGCGACUUCAAUCUAUUAAACAGUUUCGCCAGUCAAUUAUUUGCAAAAGCAAAUAAUUGACUGGCGAAUAAAAGGCAACCGUAACUGGAUAGCAGCAGGUGAGACUCGGGCACAAGAGAUAUUGAAGGAAAAAGGAUGGGUCGCUGAACGGCAUGGCACACAGUGCUGUAUCUGGGUUAAAUGGGAGAAUUAUUCAUAAUUAGUGAAUUCAACCGAGCUUCACACUCGACUCACACAAGAUAGACCUCUAAAAAACCGUAACUAGAUACUCCACUGACCAUACGUUGUUGUUUACGGGUAGAAACGAAGCUCAAUCUAAAUAGGUAUAGUAUUGAAAUCAAAUACAACUUGAUCGAGACGUGUUGAUCAAUAAUAACAGGAUGAUGUCUUCAAGAGGGCUUUAUACGUGCCUAGGUCAGAAUUUUGUACCAGUAUGCCAGUCGGAGUGGCUAUACUCAUCAGAAUGUCCUGGAACUCACUGCGGCUGCAUGAAUGAAAAGCACACUGUUCGCGACUCCGCUCGCCUGAAGACCACUCCUUCAGGACCGGCAUAUUGCCGAUGUGGUGCACCUCGUGUCCCGACUCUUAAUCACUUGUUCUUAACUGAAGAUCUAACAAAAGUACCUCCACGCCUUAAGUAUGAUAAGAGUAAAUAUCGCAGUGUUCAUGUUGAUGGACGAACUUAUUUUCUAUUACAAAGCAGCGAGUACGCUGGUCCGUUAUGGACAGAAGAACAGCAUAGCGAUUCGGUAAGAGGUCAAUUGGCACUGAACGAUGCUGGGGGAACCGUUGAGUUUGCCUGUGGUCAUGGACACGAUAAUCAGCAGAUGAAAAAAUGUCUAAAGGACAAACGCAUCUUUGGAAGCCAUCUCGGUGCUCGGCCUUCUUCCAGAAGGCCGCAGGAGAGUUACGAAAACCUUGAGCGGUUAAAAAGAGCAGAAAUGCGAAACGAUGACUUCAGAAGGCCAAGGGAAGUUAUCCAUAACCGAAUUCUAAAUCCGGGGCUCCCUAGGCGAAUAACUCAUCUGAUUGUUCCUCGUCAUAGACGUUCUUCCAUUUCUGUCAGCGGCUCUGAAGUACGCCCUUCUGUUCUACGGGAAGCCAGGUCAUGGGGCACAUCUGCGGCUUUUCCAAAUGGGCGGAACAGUCGUCUGGAGAUACCGAGAACCGCUAACGAUGGAUAUAAUCAAAGAAGGUCCAGGUGCCGAUCUGGGAAGCCCAAGUACCUGAACAAGAAAUCGUCACUAGAACAAAAAAUUGCUGAAACCGAAUGUUGGCGUGUCCGUAAACAUGACGCCAAGUCGAAAGUGACACAGAAUCAUCAAAGACCAGCUAUAAUAAAGCAGGAGCAGGUUCGACGCAUCCCAAGGCGGUCAAUAGGACGUUCCAAGUGUGAAUUAUUGGGCACUGCUACAGUUUACCGAACUAACGCCAAUAAUGUGGGUAAAUCUAGCACAAUCAAGCUAAGUCGCGAUGUCCAGAAUGAUUCCGUUGCAUCUCCCGAGAAGGUUUGGAGAGAAAAACAGACGCCGGAUGCAAAAGAAAUUUCAAAUAACACUCACGACCGACGAAGAAACGCUGAUGUCCACGAGGCGGACGCAUCAUCGCUUGAUUCAUACGCUAGAGUUACGGCGGAUAAUGAGGUUGUGAACAAUGCAUCCGUGACUACAAACGAAAAGCUUUCUAGCCCCAAAAGUAACCGGCAUCGAUCUGUCACAUUCAAAACCGGUGUGACUAGUCAUGAUACGGCCCCGAGGACUUCGAACGAUAAAUGCGAUACUAUUAAAAGUUCCCCUUCAUUAUAACAGGAGGAAUAGACGCUGAGUAGCAGGUUACCACAGUGGCAAUCUUAUUCCGAACGAAACGACGACUUUGCACGUAUAGCAGGUCGUCUUGACGCUCUGCAAAAUAGUCAAACUUUCAGGCUCAGGAGAAACUUCGUUUUUCUGAAUAGAAAACAAAUAGGAACAUGGCUCCUUCUAAUAUAUGUGACUAAAUUAGGUGUCCAACUUUUUUUGUCAAUACCAUUGUAGGAAGUGUAUUUAAUCUGAGACCAACGGAGGAAGUUUCGCAACAUUUCGUUGUUAUACCCAUGCUGAAAAAACUUCAUCUUUUAAUAACAUUAAAAAUAAUAAUCACGGCACUAAAAUGCGAUAAUACACAGACAUAGGUCACGAUCAAUUUCGGCGCUUGUUAUAUUCCUUAUAAGCUAACCUAUCUCCUGUGAAAUCCGUAUGUGACUCGCCCUAUGAGAGAUACAAUGCAUUUUGCAGCUAUUGAGUAACAGCAACAGGAGAAUAUUGACUUUUGUUGAGGUGCACAGUCAGACAAAAUCUUAGUACCCCACAGGGCAAAACUGAUUUUCGUCUCAAGUGAGGGAAGUUACCAGAAGUUAUCUGAAUGGAACACAUUUUUUUGACUCAAUAAUUGUGAAUGGGUUCUACGUUGUCAUAUCAUUACGCGUAGUUUCUUAUAGACGCUACUGAAGUAAGCAUAUAAGGAAGACUGUUAACAUUGCAGCGAACAAAGCAAUUUAAGGCCAACUGCGCACCUUUUAUAGUUUACAACGGUACGGAUUAUAAUAAAUAAAGCUGUUCAU